AUGCCCUCCUCCAAUCUGGAAGACAUCCAGGCCUCUUCUGACAAGAUCAAAAGCCAGCUCGCCAAAGACAGGACUCUUCCAGGCCAGAAGCGGCUUCUCAAGUGGACCAAAGGACGCAAGCUGGUUGACGAAAGUCUGCAAGCAGGGGACCUUCUGCCCUCUGAGAAGACGCUGGAGCUGGCAGAAUGGAUCGAGGAUGACCUUUCUUCAACAACUGCAGCCGUAUCAGCAUCACUCAAGCUACUCUGGUCACACUCUAUCAUGGGCCAGGUCCUCUCCGCUACCGAUACCGUCGAUUGUUCCAAGACCAAACCUCAAGCUUGCUUACUCGUCGCCGAAGACGCCCGCGGACCUUUGGGGUUACUCAAGCGCACAGAGAGGUUGUUGACCGGUCUAACUAGCUUUAUCCUUACGGAGGAUCUGCUCGAUGCCCGUGGUCAACCAGCCGAGCUUGCAAACGUCACUCAACUUCUCUGCUCUGUUCUGGAACUCGUCGCCGAAGGUCGGUUCGCAGGACCACUCUUGCAUCUCUACAUCGGAGAACUUCUUCUUCAACUGUCUGACAACGACGAAUGUCGCCAGCUCUUGACAGACCAGAAGACUUUGGGCUUCACAAAGCUCGGUCAACUUCUCUUCACCUCCCAGUCAUCCACUCUCUCAUCCUCCCUCCUCCGUCUCAUCCACCGUCUCCUCCCAGAGCACAUCAAAGGUUCCGGCAAAGCAUCCGCACGGACCAAAUGCUGCAAAGACGUCAUCGUCAAACAAGGUUGGAGCAUCGAGGUGGCGAAAGAAGGACUGGUGGCCAUUGGGAGGAUGGAGAAAGACCUUGUGCCUCGGCACUUGGCAAAGCUUAUCAACAUCUUCUCAAAAGAAAGUUCGCUCGUCCGUCCUGUCGCGUUUACUUUGACAAGCAUGUCUAUCGAUGGGGACGAUCAGGCGGCAGAAGAUGACGCGAGUCAAGCGUUUGACAAAGGCAAUAUGCUUCUUUACAUCGAUUCCUGGGGCUGGAGAUUCGAGUUGGGAGGCAAGCUUGGGUCAGACGUCUGCUCUAGUCAUUCUCAUCAAGACGUCCGAUCUGUCAAUAUCUCUACGAAUGACAAGGGGUCAGCCACACACGAGCUCAUAGCAACUUCACUCCUCGGCGAUACCACCACCAUCAAAUUCACGUCCCCUUCUGCCGCUCUGAAUCCUCAUCUCGACCUCGGCGCCCCCCGUCGCAUUUCUACCCCCGAUCCAGCUGAGACACCCUCAGCAGCAGUAGAAGACCUCGUUAAGCCUUAUCCAAAGUCUGAAAAGAUUAUCGCGCCAGCAAAGAAGGUGGAAGAGAUGAAACGCAAGCAGCGAUUCUCUUCGAUGGGAGGGGCGCGGGGAGGGACGACGAUCACGUCGGAUGCGGAGGAUGUGUUUUCAAGCGUUGAGGAUGAUCCGAAGCCGAAAAGAAAUAGCGUGACCCCUGCUGCAUGUUUUUCCGGGGGUGAGAAGGAUGCUCAUGAUGUUAGAGUCAAGGUUGAGGAACAGGUUGAGCCAAAGAAGGAGAAAGUGCCCGUGCCCUUCAAGUCUGAAGAACAAGAAGACUCCGAGUCCGAGGAUGAACUCUUUGUCAAUCGCAGAUUCAUCUCGAGCACCCCUAAGAACGCUAUCGCAAAGACUUAUGGCAGUAAACCUUCUUCCCGCAGACCGAUGCUUGUCAAAUCGCCCAUCCUGGAUGAUCCAUCUCCCAAGUCCUUCGCCAUCACUGCUACACCACACAAGCGAGCUCCCAAGGCGACAAAAUCAACAAAGAAGUCAUCCACCUUGCCCACGUUAACACCUGGCGGCAAAAAAGAGUCGCAGCAGACGAAGCGACUCAAGACCAAGUCCUCAACUUUGGCGGGGGAGAUCAAGAUCGGGAGAGAGGCCACGCCGGGGUCUUUGAGAGAUGAGAGUGUGGAGAGUCAUACAGACAAGCCGGUCGGCAGGACGCAGAAGAAGAGCAAAGCGAAAUCUACUGUGGUCUCUGAGAAGUCUAAGAAGGCUGCGUCUUCAUCCGUCGAUACCGAACACGACGACGGCGAUUCGUCCAGCGAAGACGAGAAAUCCCCAUCUAUCCCCACUGCUCGACCCGAAACUCUGCAGUCAGCCGGGACUGAUGAGGUUUCCCCGUCUGCCGUGAAAGCUGGGAUGGUCAAGGGCAAGAACGCAAAGACGAAAGUGGCCGCCCCCGAGGAGUCAGAGUCGGAGGCAGAGGCGCCGCUGGCCAAAACCCGCCGCUCCAAGUCCAGUGUCAAGCUGCAGACUGCCGACCCGCCCGCCUCAGAAUCCGAAGCUGCAGCCCCAUCUGUAUCACCAAACCCUCGGAGGUCUAGGAAGCGCAUCCCCAAAGAUUAUCCGCGAGCCGAUCCUGAUGAGGGCAGUUCGAGCGAUAUUGGAGACGUUUUGCCUCCUACCAAACGCCGCAUCGAAUCGUCGGACGAGGAAGCGGAAGCACCGCCGAGAAAGGGGAAGAAGGUCAGAGAGGAGGUGGUGUACGAUCCAACAAUGGAAGAAGGCAACAAGUCCGUUGAAGAUGAAAGUUCUACUCUGGAACCCAAGACCAAGCAAAGGGCCAAGAUUACUCUCGACAAGAAACCACGUCCCCGAGCUUCCACUACUUCAAAGGCUGAUGCCACCGUUCCUUCGGUCGCUGAAAAGACCCGUCGUUCAUCUCGCCGGAAGACGAAGCCGAUGGCAGCGCUCCAAAGUGGCAUCCCGAAGAAUCACACAGACAACUCGUUCGAGGACUUGGAUGCAGAAGAGGAGAAUCAUCCGGCAACAACGAUCAAAGCCUCGGCGUCAGAUGCUGAAACUGCUAGGGCUGUUGCCCCUCGAGAAUCGAUCAAGUCAUCCGCCGUGACCAAGAGGUCAUCCAAAUCAUCCCCCAAGCGCAAACGCAUUCCUUCAUCGUCCCCCGAAUCUUCCGACUCUGUUCCUGACUCUGGUUUUGAGCUUGAUCCGAUCGAAAGCUCGGCCACUUCGUCCGACGAUGGAAGCGAGGAACCGUUGCCAAAGGUAGCAAAGGUCAAAACCGGGAGCGUGAAGAAAGGUAUUGUGAAGAACGGUGGUACAAAAGAAGUGGAGAAGAAAAACGGCGCCAAAGAGAACCUCGACAAAGACAGAUCGGCCACGGUGAACACUACUGGGAAGAAGAAGAAAGGAGGAGAGAAGCAAGAGUUUUCUGGUUCGAAAAUGGCUAAAGAGUUCUCUGCGGCCUUGAAGAAGAAUGCUGGCAACACUCGAGCUAGAGCUCGCUAG